AUGUGGCAGAGACGAAAUGCCGAAAGUGUUAGGAACUUUGUUAUAUUUCUGUUGAUUUUACAAAACUGUGGCCAGGCACGCACCCAGCAGGAGGAGAGGCGUGAUGGAUUAGCAAAGUUGGAGUUUAGUGGCAUUGCUUUGUAUGUUUUUAAUUUUGCAAAAAUUUAUGAAACUUUGUAUACGCGAUUGCUGCAGGCUGUGGCUACACCCCCGGUUCGUCAAUUUGUUUUGAUUACAACCAAGAAGCCAUUUCAUAUUUUAGAACAGCUGCAGCAGGAUUUGCAUGAGAAACUAAAGCGAACAACAACAGUGAAACCCUUCAGUGUGCUGCAACAAUUGGAUCUGGAACAGCAGGCUCUGGCUCUGGCCAAGGCGAAUUCGAGUUUUAAUGUAAUGCAAGCCCUGCAAAUGGAAGAGAAGCUACGUGAUAGACUAACAACCACUGUGAAACCAUUCCAUAUGCUUGCCCAGUUGAAUCAUGACCAAGAGCAGGCAGACAAACGAACAACAACCAUUAAGCCCUUUCAUCCAAUCAAUGCGCUAAAACAGGAGGCAAUUCAGCAGCAUCUUGAAGAAGGCUUUGAAAUCCUUCAACCUGUUGCAUCAUCAGAACCGCAAGAACAACAUAAAUCUGAGGAUGUACCCAAAGAGCAAACGCGGGCCAAGGAAAGUCAGAAAAGAAAACGCAAACGUAUUCGCCGACGCCGUAAAAGAAUACGUCGUCGCAGGAAGCGUACACGUCGUCGCCGUCGAAAGAAGCGUAAAAAGAAACGCAAUAAGCGCAAGAAGAAGAAGUACAAGGGCCAAAAGGACAAGAAGAAGAGAAAGAAACGAAAAGACAAGAGAAAGAAAAAACCAAUGGAAGUAGUAGCUCCAGUUUUGGGUCAGCCGGGACAAGUUAUAUUUGCCAAUCCAACAAAGCAACCACACCAUUACCAUUAUCCUCAUUCCCAUCCAUAUCCGAAUGGCCAAGGUUAUCCCUAUCCCAUGCCAAUGCCAAUGCCAAUGCCCAUGCCAACGGACAUGAUGAUCACCAGCACUACCAAACGUCCAGCGACCACCACCACCACUCUGCGUCCCUUCAACAAGAUCAAAUACAUUCUGCGACACAAUAGCAUAUUCAAGAAGAAAAAGAAAGAGUAUCUCAGUCAUGUGGGUCAUGUUCUCUAUCCGUUCAUUAAAUUUGUGGCCUUCUUCACCGUCCUCAAUCCGUUCACACUGGGUGUGUUUCUCUUUACCCUAGUCUCGCCGGUGGUCUUUGGUUUUCUGGGCUUUGUGGCAUUGAGUGUCCUGGUCAAGCCAUUCCUUCAUUUGGUCUUUGGUGUCAAGCGUAAUGUGGACUACAUUCAUCGAAAACAGUGGCUGGCCAAUAGACAGGCUGAAAAAUUAAAGCUCGCCCUACGCCCAGUUACCAUACACAAGCACUACUAUCAGAAGCCUCAACAUUCGUCGCCGCCACUGAAACUACGCCCCGUUGCCGACUGGCGGCGGCAAAUCGCUAAACCGGGAACGGGACCCUUACCAGGACCAGGACCAGGACCACUAAUUAGACCAAGACCACCACCACUACCACCGCCAUUCAGGUUGCAUCAUAAUCCCUUACUGCCAGAUCAGCGUAAGGUACUUGAAGAUGAUGACUUUGAGGAUUAUGAUGGUCAUCAUGGCUGGCAAACAAAGAUAUUGUAA